AUGGACGAGGACUGUCUAGAAGACACCAUCGUGGUCGCCAGCGACCGCCGCACCACCUUUGUCCAAGAGUCCGCCCUCGCAAACCAGCCUCUCUACGCCGACCUAGGCCAGGACGAAAUUCUGGACGCGCGCAUCCGCAUCGACGGCGAGUUCGAGUAUCUCGUGAAGCGCCGGGGCAGGCAAGUGCACGAGUGGAAAUGGGAGACGCGCGCCGCCGGGGAGUUAUCGGAUUUCCUCAUCGACUCGUGGAUGGAAGGAAUGAUACACACUGCAGAACAACUUGGACCCGAUGAUGAUGACGAUGGCAUCUCGCUGCCAGCGGGCUGUGUCAGGAUCGAUCUCGAGGGCAUUGUAGGCGAAGAUGAGGAGAAUUAUCUCAUUGCCUGGCAACGCCAUCCGGUUUCUCGCGCGGCGCUGAGGCCGUUUUGGUUUCGUAAGGAGGAGACGAAUGUGAAGCUUAUCGAGGAGUGGCAGGUGGUGCUGGAAUGGUUGGAAGCUGCGCUGCGGACGUGGAUUGAGACGUAUGGAGACGAGAGGGGGUUCUUGCCGGAGUAUGAGCUUCCACGACAGGGCCAGUUUCUUGGAGUGUUGGAGAAACCUGUUGGACGAGCUGUGAGGGAGUUUAUUGAAGAGUCUUAUCCGAGGGCUUGGGAUGAGGUGCCGAGUGAUGGCGGCGAAGAGGAAGAGGGAGACGAAGAGGAGAUGGAGAACGACGAGUCGGAUGAGGGCAACGACGCGGAUGACGAGGAUGAGUAUGGUGAUGAGAGCGACAUUUACGAUGAGACAAGCGAGGAAGACGAAGACGGGAGGGUUGGCAGUUCUGCGUCAUUGUGUGGGCAGUGA